GGCAGCGCCGGGCCCGGGCCGCCCCCGCCGCCACGAUCUCGGCCUUUGCGGCGCUGACUCACGGCGGCCCCGCCGCACGACUCCGGCCUCGCCGUGAGUCACGCGCCGCCCCCGCGGGCCGAGGGGCGGGCCGGGGGGCGGCCGCGCCCCUACAAAGCGGCACCGCCAGCGCCGGGGCAGCGCGGCGGCACCGGCAUGGACGGAGCCGGGCUGGGCGUCACCGCCUGCGCCGCGGCCGCGGGGCUGCUGCUCUACCGCAUCGCGCGGAGGAAGAAGCCCACGCACGUGACGGUGAACUGCUGGUUCUGCAAUCAGGACACGGUGGUGCCCUACGGGAACCGCAACUGCUGGGACUGCCCCAACUGCGAGCAGUACAACGGCUUCCAGGAGAAUGGAGACUACAACAAGCCAAUCCCUGCCCAGUACAUGGAACACCUUAACCACGUUGUGUCAGGCAGUCCAACUUUCUGUGACCCUAGCAAGCCACAGCAGUGGGUGAGCAGCCAAAUUUUGCUCUGCAAGAAAUGCAACAACCAUCAAACCAUGAAAAUCAAACAGCUGGCUUCAUUCUCACCAAGGGAGGAGGGCAAGUACGAUGAGGAGAUCGAGGUGUACAAGCACCACCUGGAGCAGACCUACAAGCUGUGCCGCCCGUGCCAGGCUGCUGUGGAGUAUUACAUAAAACACCAGAACCGGCAGCUGCGGGCGCUGCUGCUCAGCCACCACUUCAGGCGCCGGGAGACGGACAAGAGCUACAGCCAGAAUCUGUGUUCAUCCUCCUCUUCCACUUCCAUCACCACACCAGCUCAGGUGAUACUGCUGCGGUUCCUGGCCUUCCUCAGCUGUGCGUUCCUGGUUCUGAUGGCCUUGUACGGGUCAGGCGACCCCUUCUCCCUCAGCACAGCUGUCCCUGCUCCUGUCCCCUCUGGCCCUGCAUCCGUGUGGAACAGGACUGGCACGAGCCCCCGUGCAGGCGGUGACAGUGGCGGUGGCGGUGGCAGCUCGGGGCAGGGCUGGCGGGAGCUGCUCCGCCUGCUCCCGGAGCGCCUGCUGGAGAACCUGAGCGUGGCCUGGGCCUACGGCAAGAAUCACCAGAUGGCAGUGGCUGUGCUGGGGCUCUUCACCUGCCUGCUGGCCAUGUUCCUGGCUGGGCGCAUCAGGCUCCGGCGAAUCGAUGCGUUUGCCUCGGUCCUGUGGUUGGUGGUGAUGAGCCUGCACUUGGCCGAGCGCUACCUGAAGACGGACACGCCCAGCUGGCUGGACACGGCCAAGUUUGGCACCACGUCCCUGUGCUGCCUGGUGGGCUUCACCGCAGCCGUGGCCACGCGGAAGGCAACGGGCCAGCGGAGACUCCGGCCCCGAAGGUACCUCUCUGGGGACUCCAUUACUGUCUUUCCCAGCAGCCCUGGCACAGCCUUCCCUUCACCUGCCACGUCUCUGUUUGUCCCAACACCACCCAGUAUCCUGCACCUGACGAACCAGCAGCUCUUCAGGUCCCCACGCAGAGCUGCCUCGUCCUCUCUUCCCGGCCGUCUCAACAGGGCCCUGUCCCUGGGCACCAUCCCCUCGCUGGCCCGGGCAGAUUCUGGCUACUUGUUCAGUGGGAGCCGGCCGGCCUCGCAGUCAUCCCAGUCCAAGGAAUCCCCAUCAUCAGAUCCCUUCUCGCUGCUGGCGGGCAGCCGUGCCCCGUCCCGCCUGCCGUCCCCGGCGCCCUCGGUGGCCGGCUCGGUGACCUCCAGCUCGGGCUCGCUGCGCUUCCGCCGGCCGCUCAUCAGCCCCGCCCGCCUCAACCUGCAGGGACAGAAGCUGCUGCUGUUCCCGGCGCAGAGCGAGGCCCUGCUGAGCCCGAGCGGCUCCGAGGAGCACCCCGACAGCAACGCCUUCUCCCCGGAGCUGCCCGGCUUCCCCAGGAAGAGCCUCGCGCCCGAUAUGAGAUCUGCUGUGGAAGGGGGGAGUAUUUGCAGCGAUAAUUCCAUCAAAAAGGAGGAUCACUCGUCACACUCAUCUACCUGCGUGGUAGACACAACUACCAAAGGGGAAGAUUUGGCAGGCUGGAGAGGUCGCUUUGGUACCUCUGCCCUCCGGGGCCUGCUGGCCGUGAGCCUGACCCUCAAUGCUGUCUUCACAUCAGCCUAUGUCUACAGGAGCCUGCGCUGACUUGUGCCAACACUCCCUUUCUCUCUGGUUCCUGGUCCUGAGGAGAUGAGAACAACUCAACCAUGGCUCCAUGGCCAAGGCCAUGCCACCGGUGCAUGCUGUUCAUUAAAAAACUACUGUACACUCAGCUGGCAUGAAAAGGAGCCUGGGCAGCUGCUGCCAUCACUUGCAGGUAGAACACACCCAGGACUGUCCCUGGAGAUGGCAGGCAGCAUUCCCAGCUCCAGCUCCAAGCAGGAGGCCAGUCCAAAGGCCACACACUUCCUUUCAAAAGAACUGACCUGAGACACAAGCCUGAAAAUGUGUGAGCUGCGUUUUUAGGAACCUACCCCCAGCUCUUCUUUCUGACAUAUCGACCUCGUGCUGAUGGUGCUGGUAAAAUGGGGAGAAUUAGAACAAAUGAGCUGAAGAAGAGGGAUGGCUUAGUAGCUGGUGCUGGGCUUUGGCUACUGUAACAGCAUCCCCAGGCUCUGCUCAGUGGUUCCUCUUCUCUCUUCUCUCUGGCAUUCUCCUCUAAAUUGUCAGUGAACUUUCUUUAUUUGCCUUAAGCUUACCUAAGCACAUGGGUGACCUUGGCUGCUCUGUCAUGUUCUUGUAUCUUAGAUGUCCUUGUGCUUCCAGCUGGACCUGGCCCUGAGGCUGCCUUCACCAGUUCCACUCUGGCCGUGCUGGUUCUCAGCCCCCGUGUGUGCCUGUGUCCAGCCAGCUCUGUGGCUGCACAGCCCCCAGACAGACACCCUGUGCUGGCUGCAUCAGAACCUGGAAGCCCCUGCUUUGCUUUGCCCAGCAGGCAUUAACUGAGUUACUCUGAAGUGGGUAAAAGAAAGGAUUCCGGUGUGAUUUGCACCACAAAGGGCUCCAGCUCACAGCUCUGCUGGAGUUUUCACUGAAGCAGUGAGUGGCAGAGCCUGUUCUUGCUGUAAAUCGCACAAAUCUCUUCUGUUAGGGGUAGGUGAGGAGCUGUCUGAUUGUAUGCAUCUAUCCAGAAACCUGACACCUCCGUCUGAUGUUGGCAUUUGCUAAGUAACUGUUUAAGAAAUUUCUUACUUAGUAAAAUGCCCAGGUGCUCUCAGUGAGAAAUGCCAAACCUGCUUCUGGACAAUUCAGACUUCUGGAUAGAUUCUUCUUUUCUAGCCUAAGAAAAGUAGUAGAUUUUGAAAAGCAGUUUGUAAUUUGGGUAUUUCUGCUUUUGGGUAAGUCUUCAGCAGUGCUUAGAAUUCAGGGGCCAUUUAGAAUGUUGUGCUGAACACGCAGAAUCAUUUAGUGCAUCUUAGGGGAAAAAAAGAAAUCCUGAUCUUGAUGUUUUGGUUCCCAAAAACCAAGUGCAGAGAGAAGAUUUACCAGUGUGUGAAAAGUACCUGGUGAGAAGAGAGCUGACUGGCAUUAGCUGUGUAUUUCCUGAAGCAGGACUCGGAUCUGUUAGGAGUUUUUCUGUUGUUUCUUCCUUUGGGCUCCUUUACCUCAAAUUUCACUCCCCCAACCCACUGUGUUUGCCUCCUGAAUUGGUGAUUACUGUCCUUCCCUCCCUUCCAGUUCGCUGCUGUUCCUCUCUUGUGUUCUGCAUGUGCCCAGAACAAGGUGUAUCUGCUGCUGGCCAUUCUCUGAACCUGGAGCCCCAGCUCUCAGUGAUGAUCAACUUUCCUUUCACUUUGUUUUAUUUUUUGUUGCAUGUUUUAGUUGAGUUCCUCCCCAGCCUCUCUUGGUAGACCAUGGGAGCCCUAGCCAGACUGAUCAGCGUGCAUGUGACAGCGUAGUGGGGCUUUGCUGCUGCUGAUUCAAGCACUGAAAAGCUGAGUGUCUCUGUGUUUUCCCAGUCUCCCUGCAUGGUUUGAGCUGCCCACUUCCAGCUGCUGCUCCUGCCCUCCCUGUGGGUGAGACUGGUCCCUGCUGUGCCUCGCAGGGGAGGCCAGGCUGCGCAGGAAAGGUUGCUCCUGACUCUGCAGGACUCGGCCUCCUCAGAGAGCUGUGCAGGCUGCACCUCCUGGACAAAGGCCCAGAGCCAGGAGAGACCUGCAGCACAAAGCUGUGCUGCAGAUGGAUGAUGAAUUCUAUUGCAACUUGCAUGAAUUGUUCCUUGUAGCCAAACCGGGCCCAUAACCUUGUUGUAAAGAGAUUUUUAUCCCUUUUAUAGACUUUGCACGCUCACCCGAGCACGUGUACAGGCAGGAUGAUGGCAGAGCAGCUGCCAAGCUUCUCUUUGAGCCUCUGCUCUCUGGGUUUCGUGGUGUUCUGGUGCAGUGUGUGACAUCCCAUUCACAGACCCUUGUCCUCCCUAGAGGCCUCCUACACAGACAAGCUGCCAGAAGAUGCCGUGGCUUUGCUUGUCCCUGUCACCCAGCAGAUGUGCACUGUGACUUCGUGUAUGCAAACCUCCCACUCUCACCUCCCAGCCUGCGCUGAGUUUCACCACCACACUCGACCAGAUUGCAAUACCAACCUUCUCCUCCUCUCCAGGAGCUGCAGCAUCUGCACACACCGCGUUCCGGAGCAGAGCCCUGUCACCUGUCACUGCGCUUCUGUGGCUGCUCACUCAGACUGUUCUUGGGAAGGGGUUUGGUGACCUUGUCCAAAGCAAUAGGGAGACUUUGGGGUUCAUACUGAAGAGGAAAGUUUUUCAUUCUGGUGCUAGAACUCUCUCCCGUGGUGCUCUCACGGUUGUGAAGCCUUUGCCUGAGGAACACACGAGCGUGUGUGAGUGUGAGUGUGUGUGUGCAUGCAGAUGUGCAAAAACAUUUGCAAGGUUUCUUCAUUUCAGAAGAUCUGAGCCCAUCUUUGUCUUUAUAUUGUUGGCCUUAAUCUAGCUCGUAGAUACUGUGUCUAUCCUGCUGCUCUUUUCUGUACAAAGCUGGUUUGGAGGAAGCAGGAGUUUAUCUGUUCCCCUGUAAAAAUACCUGUGACUGAUGAUGUUGAUCUUCAUACAGUGUUGUUCAGGGGGAGAUUUUAUUUUUCUAAUACUUUUCCUACUGUAAAAACUGUUGGAGUGUAUGGAGUGGGAAAGAUCUUUACAAAAUGGCCUGAUAAAGAUCUGAACGUGACUUAAUAAUACCAACAAUUAAUGAUCAGGUCGAGUAUAAAUGAGAUUUAUUUCCAGACCUUUUCCAUCUCCUACUUUCCAUUGAAAAUGUCCAGGUACUUUUUGUUUGGCUAUGGGCUUGUUAGGCACGUUCUGAGACCUUGCAGAUACUUUAGAUGAUUUUGCUGUUCUGAAUUAGAAAGAAUUUGUAUUUUGGAGUCUGGUUCCAGUUCCACAGUCUGGGGAGUUUGGCAGAUGUCACAAAUAUUAUGCAUAUAUCUAUUUGAUGGGAUAGAGGGAGUGGUUAGAACGAGUUGCUGAUUUCUGAAGUUUAUCAUACCUUUUUACAUAAAAUCUUAAACAUUAAAUUGGUCACUAGGGGGGGAAAAAACUCAUUGCUGGCAUAUGUAGGCCAGAUUCACUGAAUUUUAGGCUGUUUGUUCAAGCAACAGAUGAGGCCUGUGAAUGUUUGAUUCCCACUCCCUCUUCCUGGGUGCUGGGAACAUCUGUGAAUCCCUGCUGAACUGGCUGGGUUCCUUGUAACAGGGCAGCUGGACUGAAGGGCUUCUUUGCCUCUGAAUGCUGCUAUAUUUUUUCUUCCAAGCACCAUUCCUGGAAAUAACAAUGGUCUUAACCUCUCUGGCAGACAUUUGUUAAAAGGCUAGGAUGGGCCAAUUUGGCCCAUACUUUUUUUCCUUUUUUUUUUUAGAUAUAUGUUGCAUCCAGAAAUUAUCAUCACUGUGUUCUGGGGUGGGAGUAAGGUACAGAGUAUUUUUGGAUUGAAUGGGUAUCUAGAGAGGGUGAGGUGGACAAUUUCAAGUCCUAAACCUUAUUUCCUGUGAAAGAAAGACUGUAUGUUAUGUGUGUCUUCUUUGGGGAGCUCUGUCACUGUACAGUUUAGUUGAACAUGCUCCAAGGAAGGAGAAGCUGUUCCUCGGAUGUUUUUAGUUCAUGCUUUGUGUUUAAAGAGGAAUAUUUUUCUUUAAAAAAUAAAACCGGAUAAGUUUUCA